CGAGAAGCCGCAGCCUGCGCCCAGAGUCCCCGCCAUCCACAGCACACUGGAGAGGGACGCAUGCGCUCGCUCCCACACCCACGUACCCCCGCUGCCAGCACUGGAGACUGAAAGCUAAGCCACUGCGGAAAAGAACUCCGGCCAUCUUUGAGGAGCCCACAGCCGUGGAGUGAGUGAGAAGGCAUGCCAGGAGAGGCUGUCCACAGGACCGUGCCCCUGCCGGAGAGGGCACAGAACGACACGGGCAUCCCAGGCCCAGACAUGCCCAGACAUGCGUCGAGCUCUUCCGCCUCCACCCCUAGUGACUGUGCCUCCACCCCUUCCCCCACCACCCCGGCACAGCUGUCCCCAGAAUGCACUUCUCCGUUUGGCCCGCGGCUGCCAAAGGCCAAGCAGGGCAGCUCUGCACUCCGGCCUCAGCCAGAGGGCGCCAGCUGCGAUGGCGGCCUCGACGGCCGUCCCGGAAGCAUGGGCUGGCUCACGGGAAAGUUUGGCCGGGGCGCCUGCAAGCGUGGGCCGGUGAAGAUGGAGAGGAUCAAAGUGCUGACGGGCACGGAAGUGGAGAGUGACUACAAGGAACCGGAGGCCAUGGACAUGCGGGUGGUCAUGGGCCAGGAAGCCCUGCUAAGGAACAUGGAGGUUCAGGGGGGCCUGCCAGGGGACAAGGACCCAGAACCAGAAGUGUCAGGUCUGGAAUGCCAGCCUCCGGUGCCCUCCGUAGAUCCGGAGGAGGGACAGGAAAGGUCCCCUGAAAAUGCAAAGUUGGAUACUGGCCAAGAAAUACCCUCAGCCGCCCAUAACGAGUCACUGAAUCCUAAGGUGGAGCAAGAGAAUGACUCUGCACAGUUCUUAGCCUGUCCUAUCAUGGAACCCAAAGCUGUGGAGGCUGGAUUGACUGACAGCUGCAGCCCCCUGGGAGAUAAAGAGUGGGAGGAGCUGUCACUAUCUCAGGGUGAAGUGCCUUCCUUGUCCUUCUUAGAGCCGUCCUGUGCGGUUGACCCCCAACGAGUAGGUGUCCCUUCAGGUCUGGACCCGGAUCUCUACUAUACUGCCCCCUCUACUCCUAUCAAGAUGGCCUACUGCUCGCACCUUAAGCACCAGUGGUACCCAGGCUCAGGUUCUGGCCCAGGAUCUCCCACUGAUGACCUUCCUGAGAGUGAAGGAUUAUAUUCCCCUCCAACCUCCCCUUCGGGUUCCUACAUCACAGCCGAGGGAGGCAGUUGGACAUCUUCCUACACGUCCAGCACCUCCCCCUCAUGUUCCCCUAACCUAAUUGCCGAGGCAGAGAUGCAGGACGCCCCUGCCAGCUAUGUCGAGUCCCUGUCAGAGAUUGGAGACGAGAUUAGCGAAGAGAGGAACAGCACUGAGAGGGAGCCCUGUUUCAACAAGGCCGGCGAGCUGGAAAUGCAGGAAGUGUCAGAAAGUAUCAACUUGGUCGACAACAGAGACGCCGUAAGGAGAGAAACAUGCCGGCCUCACUGGGUGACUGAGGUUGCCUCUCCUCUGACGUGCAGCACUUGGAGGAGCACAUCCUCACAGGAAGGGGGAGGAGAGUCAGAAGGAUCUCCUGUAGCCCUAGAGGAGCAGGAGUCUGCAAUAAUGGAACAAUACAAGGAUAAAGAUCAAGACCUAGAGCUAGAUCUCAAAGCCUGUGUCUCUGAACAUUUUGGUUCUCUGGGUAACCCAAUAGAAGACGCCUCCCUGGAGCUGGCAGCCUCGUUCCCCUUUGUGCAUCGCCUAGCAACAGCAACAGACACAGAAAGUCUGACCCCAGCCACUUGUUCUUCUGAAGUCUCAGAUACUGACAAUAACAGCCUUUAUGGUGAAAUGGCUUCUUCCCCUCUCUUGUUCCCAGGCCCUUGCAGGGAGAUCGGGGGUGACAUGAUGAUACCUGCUUCGAUGCUCCCUUUCAAUGCCAGUCUCAUCUUUCAAGCUGACUCCAUGGAAAUAACACUAUUCCCCACAGAAGAUGAACCAGGCAAUGAUGUAGAUGCGUAUGCUGCUGGUGAAGAGGAAGGAGAUGUGGAUGACGAUGACGAAGAAGAGGAUGAUGUUGACGAGGUUGAGGAUGAAGAGGAGGAGGAGGAGGAAGAAGAAGUGGUGGAGGAUGAAGGAAAGGAAGAUCCCAAUGAAGAGGACACCUCUGCUUCAUUCCUGAACUCCCUGUCAGAGACCUCCAUCAAUGAGGGUGUGGAUGAAUCAUUUGCCUUCCAAGACGAUACUGAAGAGUCAGUUGACUCUGCUUCCUACAACGGCGAUGAGGAAGAAAGGCUAUACAGCACAGAGAGGCACGCAGAGCUCACUCACCAUUACCUUGAUCCUGGUGACCCAGUGGGAUCCACAGCACCCCUACAGCAGGACUCCUCUUACUGUGAAAGUGAGAGCGAAAUGGAGAUAUCCUCAGAAUCCUCUGACAUAAUCCACGUAUCCAAGGAGCAGCUUGCAGCCGAUCGUGCUGAAACGGCAGAAUCCAUUCCAUCGCCUGUCUUAUACGUCCCAAAAGAAGAGCAUGAACUACACUCCCCAGAGGGGGGCUGCAUGUCUCAGGAUGUUGCUUUGGAGAAUGAGACCCCAAAAGGGUCUUCAGAGCCCACAGCUAGUGUUGCACCAGGGAGAGUUAAGGAGUCUGUUGCACAUCCAUUACAGAUGGGUGCUUUGCAGCCAGAGGAACACAGCAGUAAAGAACCUCUUAUCCAAACUUCUGCAAACACAGUUAGUGAAUUCCUACCACAUACCACUCUGGGGGCUCUGAUUGGUGGAAGUGAGGAACCAGACACAGAAGCUGAGCUCACAGAUCAGAAAAAUGGCAACACAACAGAAUAUGUGGAGUCGACGCUAUGUCUGGAUGAGACGGCCACCAACGAUCUGAACAAAGGAGUCCCUGUGGCAUCACAUCUCAAAGAAGAUCACAGUCCCAGCAACAUACCAAUCUCCACAAGUCCAGAGAUCUCCUCUGAAGUCCCAGACAACCUGGUUGCCUCUACAGUAAACGUGUCAGUUCCUGAGUCCUCUCUCAAUCAGGAUAACCUGUCUGAGAAUCAAGCUUGCCCUGACGACAUUAACUUGGGCCCUCUCAAUGUAUCCUGUGCUGCAUAUAGCAUGUUAGCUGUUUCACCAAAGAAAGAGAACUCGGAAACAAAUGUUUCACGCAAAGGGUCAUCAGCUGGAGUUUGGGAAGGAGAGUCAUCGCUGGCAGACGGCCGUGACUAUGAGGCAGGGAGACUGUUAAUGUAUGAGGCUGUCCAGCCCGUGUGCACAGAGCUGGCCUUCACCUCCAACAUUGGCCCUGGAGACACGAUCUGUGCAGAGCGAGAGGACAACCAAGGCGGCUGUGAAUUGAGGGAGGACCUGGCAGACAAAGAAAGUGCAGUUCUGGAAUCUAAUCUGUCAAACUGGAAAUCCAUUGAGGAAAUUUCAGAGGCUGGCGGAGGGGAGGAUGGAAGCUCACAUUUUCCGGAGGAUGAUGACAGCAACCUUGAAAACCAGGCAGGCGAUCAGCUGACACAGCAUCCGACGGUUGCCAAGGAAACUAGCACACUGAAUGACCCAGAAAGCGGCAGCGCUGCGCUCUCACCCACAGGACCACCGAAAUGCCUGCAGUUUAAUAUCCUUUCAGAGGAGGACAAUGAGGUUUUCAGAAAUCAAGCUAAAGGUGAUGAACAGGAAAAUGCAGACAUUCACAACGAGUCUGUAUCCAACAUAUCAUUUGUGGCAGAUACAACUCAGCACAUAUCGGAUGUCAUUUCUAGCAGGCAAACCUCAGAAUCUGAAGGUGACAUUGAGGAACAUGGUGCCCUGCGGUACACAGGUUCAGUAGAUCUCAGUCAGAAGUCUCACUUUUCAGAAGAUAAAGAAAGUCAAUUGUCUAAUCUUGGAAGCAAAACCAACAGCAGAGAAAAAUCAGAUGGUGCAGGUUGUGUUAUGGAGAAGAAUCGUAUGACAACACAGGAAGUCAAAAGUGAAAGAGGCGGACACACUCAAAAGAACAUCAGCCUCUUAGAACAGGAGCCUGAAUUGAUUUUACUGGGUGGCUCCUUUGGCACGUUUAACCCCAGAAAAAAAUCGAAAUACUGUAAAGCAGACAAAGUGCCAGGAGAUGUUCCCAUAUUUGUGAAGAAGGACAGGGAGAUCCCCUUCCCAAGCCAAGAUGCAAAGCUCCAUACCAAUGUUAAUAGUAAAGCACGAAGCACUGAAGAUGGUGACAUUCCAAUGUUCAGCAAACAUGUCAGUGAACCAAAGAAUAAGGCUGCCAGAGCAGAGAGCUCUCAGAGUAAAAGCCAGAAAGGAGAAGGGGGUAUAGUGCAAGGUCCUCCUCCAGGGUCUGAUGGAGAACAACUGUCUCUGCUAGGGGAAGGCCAGAUGUCUGCGGACAAAGAAGUCAUUAAGAAAAACAUCAUAGAAGAGUUGUCUUUGCUGGGGCAUGGUCAGCCAUCAGAGAACGCUGAAGAAAAUAAAAUACAAGAUCCUGCUUUGGAGAGUGUUGUAGAACCAGUAUCAUUAUCCAAGGAAAGUCAGACAUCUGAGAACAACGAAGAGAAGAGGGUACAAGAUCCUGCUUUGAUGAGUGUUAUAGAGCAUGUAUCAUUAUCUGAGAAAGGCCAGACAUCUGAGAACACUGAAGACAAUAAGGUACAUGAUCCUCCUUUGGAGAGUGUUGUAGAACAUUUGUUCUUGUUUGGAGAAGGUCAGACAUCAGUGAACAUAGAAGAAGGUCCUCCAGAGGAUGUUGUAGAAUAUUUAUCAUUAUCUGGAGAUGCUCAGACAUCUGAGAAUGUUGAGGAUGAUAACGUGCAUGAUUCACCUUUGGAGGGUGUUGUAGAAUAUUUGUCAUUAUCUGGAGAAGGUCAGCCAUCUGACAACCUUGAAGAAAAUAAGGUACAAGAUCCUCCUGUGGAGGGUGUUGGAGAACAUGUGUCAUUAUCUAUAGAAAAUCAGGCACCUGAGAACAUUAAAGACAGUAAUGUCCAAGAUCCUCCUUUAGGGAGUGUUUUGGAACAUUUGCCAUUAUCUGAAGAAGGUCAGAACAUUGAGGAAAAUAAAGUAUUAGGUCCUUCUUUGCAGGUUAUCGUCGAACCUUUCUCUUUACUGGGAGAAGUUCAGACAUGUGAGAACAUCGCUUGCAAUGAUGAAACAGACCCUCAGGUAGAGGUAGGAGAAAAUGGCCAAAACGAUCCACACUCUGCAAAUAAGCAUAGAAACUUAAAUGGUGACAGUCCACCAACGCGUACUGCUGAGCCUGAACCAGAGGUUCCUCUGCUCCUCCCUCUCACCAGUCCUGUUUCAGUCACAGCGCAGUCAAAGAACAAGGUUACACCUACUGAGGACAAAAAAGCACAGGAGAGUAGUAAGCAAUCCACAGACCAGUUGGUCAGUGAGAGCUGUAAAGCUCGUGGUGACAGUAUGCAGCUCCAGGAACAUCAAGAACAUUUGUCACAGGAAGGCAUGGGCAGCCAGAAUAUGGUCAUACCUGGCAUCUGCAUGGCUGCCCAGCUAGAAGACGAACUUCCCUUAUCACCGGAGGACAUAGUGCUCUUACAAAGAGGACAACCAACCGGAAGCACAAAAGAUAUCAAUGACAAUAACAUUGAUGACAACCCGCCACCCCUCAAAGAGGACGGCAGCCCCAUCCAUCACAGAACCUCUGCUGAAGUAUCAGUCGAGGAGCUUACCGCCCCAAUCCAGGAGUCCCGAUGUCUGCUGCCCCAUCCCCCACCGCAGUCUCAGCUUCAAGGAUCCCAUCUGCACUCACACCCCAUCUUCUGCUGCUCUGAGUUGUCUGAACCCCCCCCAAGACAGCCGGUCUCCAUUCCAGUCCAGGACACCCUCCAGCAGGCUGAGACACAGCCUUCAGCAUCACCCGCGCUGUGUCUGCACAACAUGCCCAGAGUGGACAGUGAAGACAAGGAGAACUUUUGUGAGGCAUCUCUGCGCGCAACUCUGGGUCACAGGGCCAGCCUACGAGGGGGCUCCUCCCACACGGAGUCGGGCUCCUCCAGUGAAAGGGAGCUCCUGUCUCCCCCCCACCCUGUUAGACCCAACCCUCACGCCACUGAAUCGCCAUCCUCAGACAGGCUGAUUGAUCACCUGACUGGCUGCCCCAUGUCGUACAGUCAUAAAGAGGGCUCCUGUAACGAGUCGGACAGCGAUGGGUCUGUGCCAGAACUGGAGGAGUCAGAGACGUCCCUGAUGAGGCCCACAGACUCACAGUCUCAGCUUUCUCAUGCAGCGCCCUCUGCUGACGAGUCCAUGAACAAAGGCAAGCAGAGCCGCAGUGAAAAGAAAGCCCGGAAGGCCAUGUCCAAGCUGGGAUUAAGGCAGAUCCACGGGGUCACACGCAUCACCAUCCGCAAGUCCAAAAACAUCCUCUUCGUCAUCACUCGCCCUGACGUCUUCAAGAGCCCAGCCUCUGACAUCUAUAUCGUUUUUGGGGAGGCUAAAAUCGAAGAUCUCUCCCAGCAGGUUCACAAAGCCGCAGCAGAGAAGUUCAAGGUGCCCCUGGAACCGUCACCCAUCAUCCCAGAAAACAGGCCCAGUCUCAGCAUCAAGGAGGAGAGUGAAGAGGAGGAGGUGGAUGAGGCUGGCUUGGAGCUGAGGGACAUCGAGCUGGUCAUGGCCCAGGCAAACGUUUCCAGGGGGAAGGCCGUCCGGGCACUGCGGCACAACAAGAACGACAUCGUCAACGCUAUCAUGGUGAUGGGGCCGGUCCUGGGGGGGCUGGGAGUAUCGGAUCCUGAUAUUGUGCUGGAGGCAGUCGAGGUGUAAUGAAUCAUGUAAUGAUCCAUUUCCUGCCACGGUUUCCAUCACGCGUGUCCUGCUGCAGGAGCAAGUCACUGACAUCAUCUUCCUGCCAGAACAUUUCCUGUUCCCCUUUAACCGUUGCUGCUGGAAUUAUCGCCACAGAGAUGCUAAUUCCAGGCCUUGCAGCCAAUGUUGUGCCUGCAGCCAGUCCUGAGAGUGGGGGGGGUUGGGGGGGAUGAGAGGCCGGAGCUGACCACGGCUUCCCCAACAUCUCCACAGCACCCCUCUGAGUUACUGCAAAGGCAUGACAACAGACACCCCAUCCUUCAGUAUAAUCAGCUUUAAUCCGCUCUCUCUCUCUCUCUCUCUCUCUCCCCCC